AUGCUCUCCAACGGGAACAAGAGAACAUGUGUCUUUGAUCGAACCGGAUUCGAUAUUCUCCAGAAGGAAUUCAAAUCUUCUUGUCAAUUCACACGUGUCCUGAUUAGCAUCCUGCAGGAGAGGGUCCAGCUGGAGAAUGACUACGCCAAAGGACUCUCAAAACUGCAUUCUCGUCUUUCCAAGUCCGCCGUUGGCUUGUCAGGCUCCGUGGCGAACGGGUGGAUUCAAACUAUGGAAAAUUUGGAGUUUGAAGCUAAGGCUCAUCAAGAUCUUGCCGAGAAGAUUGUCUCCCAAUUGCUUCCGACCUCAAAGGCCUUCAUCACAGCUGCUGAUCGGGAUCUGAAGCCUAGCCAUCUUGAUGGAAUCUUGGGUGUCGUUUCAUGGCUGUUGAUUGCUCAUGUCUAUAACCCAUCAGUGGCCCUCAUAAUGGUGGAUCGCGUCGACGAGUUGCCUUGGAAUAGUGUGGAUCUGCAUGUCUCCUCCGAAGUUGAUGCUGCCACUUCACGUCUCCAAACUGCGCGUCGUGAGGAGUUUAAGUCACGCAAGAAGGCCUUCACUGCCUACUGUCUAACCUGUCAAAAUCUCUCAACCAAAAACAACACUAGUAGCAGCCUGGACGGUGGUAAUUGUGUUGGUGGAAUCGAUUCGGCAAGACGUACCUCCACUCUGCUGUUGCGAAACCGAACCCUCCGGUACCCAUCCAACCCCAUCACUUCCUCCUCCACUAAUUCGCCGUUUAAGAUAGCGAUGCAAAGCGCGUCAUUGCGACGAGUGGCAACGCUUUCUACCACGCAACCGUCCAUGGAAAUGUCGUCCACUUUGGAGCGUCAUUCUGCGUUACCGGCGAAGGCUGCUCGUUCAGUUUGGCGUGCAGUUCUUGACCUCUAUCAAUCCAAUCUAGCCAGUGAAGAGGCUAGAAUUGAAUGGCACUCCACGCUAUAUCAGAACUCGUCCAAGCUUUUCGAUCUUGAACGUCUUCGACUGCGCACAAUGCAAGAGACUCUGGAAUCCUAUCUAUCGGCAAUCAGGGAAUCGAUACAAUCUAUCGAAAAAGCUUUCCAAGCUACCAAGGAUACUUUAGCAAAAGCCAACGUCGAAGAAGACUUUCUUUCCUUUUACGGGAGAGCUGUCGUUGAUUUAAACACUACAUCUCAUUACACCAGCCAUCCACCACUCUCCGUCCCCCGACUUAGCAAUUCCAAAGUGCUUCAUGGAGUGGACAAGACACAGCCAUUGGCAGUAAUGGGAAGCACUCAACAAAAUCUGCUUUGUCUUCCUGGGGAGGAGGACAGCCUUUACACAUCCUCGAAGGCGAUGCAGAGACAGACUAUUCGACAAGCGCUGCAGAAACGCUUUCUCAUAUUCCCCAAAGAGGAACCGGAAUUCAGCAACGAAGUAUUGGCGGACUCUGCGAGGAGGUCUGAAAGGGCUGCUUUUGCACGUCAGCUGAUAAUGUCUGUUCUCAACGUUCUUGUGCGCGAAUGUCAAAAAGAGGAAAGAACGAAACAAGGUCUAACGAACCUGGUCCACGUCUACUCCACCGGGCCCAUAUUCACCGACGACGCGACACUGAUCGAGGCCCGUCGUCGUCUCUUCUCCUCCCGCUGCCGCCUUGCCCAUCUUCUCGCCUGUCGAGCUCGUUUCGCUUGCCUAUUCCAUCUUCUUUCUCCCGACUCAUCCUCCCACUCUAGUUCCCUUCAAAAUCGUCUCUCCGAGGCUGGCUUCUCUGUAGAGUCCACCCCCACCUAUCGUCGCGCUGAUGUUGUCGCACCACUUACACCUCCGUCCAUCCUCCUAGAAUGGCCUCCAGUCAGUUCUGAGGUCGUUAACCUUGAAAACGUUCCAAUUUCAGAUCUGGAAGUGAUUAACCCCCUUAUAGCCAAUGAUAUGUCGAGAUUCAGUUGGAUGGCGCAUGCAGACAGUCUAUUUAUUGCCUCAGAUUCUAUUGGUGGAGCUUCCUCUUCCUUGGCAGAUGAGGUUGAGAUCGAGGAAGAUGAGGAGGAGUUGAAAGGGGAAAAGGUGGAGGCGACUGAACUUUCAAAACUACCUCCAGUAGUGGCCAAUGGCAGUGUGGCGAGGGCCGAGAGUGGGCAAAAGAAAUCUCCUGUGAAAUCCAGGAUUGAUCGUUUCCCCGUGAGGUCAGCUGGCAGCGUAUCACGCAAAAACUUCCCACCUUCUUCCUCUACAAAUACGUCAAAAUCGGUCACUACGCCUUCUGUUCAAAAGAAUGCAACAGCCGCAAAGCUUCAAACCCCAUCGAAAUUUCGCACACUCCCUAAAACUACAGCUCAGCCUAUUAGACCACCACUGCUAACAAUUGCAUCGAAAGCGUCAAUCACUAGACAACCCUUUGCCAUCGCCACUCGAAAGCCAGAACGCAAGUUGACGCCCUCGAAAACGACAAAAGAAGCACCUAAAACUGUUGUCUCUAACUCAAAACCGAGGCCUAUGCUGAAAUCUCGAUCAAAGUCCGUACCCAAAGCACCAUCGACAACCACUGUUCCUGCAUUUUCACCCGUGUUGGAUGAUACUGAUGCGUUUAUGGACGAUGAUGCUGAAGAUGAGGGGGAGGAACGUGAGAACGAAGAAGGGCAAUCAAGCGUGGUACCCAGCUGGCAGGUGGUGAUUCAGGAGAAGCGAAGGAUCACCCUGGAACGUGUAAAUGGAUGUGGCGAUGCUCUGGUGGGUAAGGAGAAGGUGGAUAGGGUAGAACAGGAAGAGGGAAAGGAGAAAGGAGGAGAGGAAGAGAAAUUGAAGUUGGAGAAUCGUGUGGAUAAGAAGACGAAUGUUACUACUUUCUUCUCCCGCCUGGGAAUUCGCAACACCAAACAACAGAAGCAUCAACAGCGCCCAGUAAUUGUCACCCCUUGGCGUUCUGAGCCGUCCAAUGGCGAUCCUGCUUCUUUUACUCCAGCUGCUUCUGAUGGCAUUACUACCUCAUCACUAGCCUGGGAAACAAAUAAUCCUCUACACAUGUGGCCAUCGCUCGCUAGCCUUCAUUGUAUUGGUUGGGCUAAGGUCACAUCAGACUAUACGCCUCAAAAAUCCGGCGAAUUGGCUUUGCUGGAAGGUGAAAUCGUCAGCAUUCUACAGAAGACUACCGCCACCUGGUGGAUCGGUGAAAUCGGCGGAAAGAGUGGACGCUUUCCGGUCUCCCACGUGGAAGAGUUCUAA